AUGAACGUCCGGCAAUUUGAAGUGGUUGACGAUGAUUAUGGCUUCAAAGAGCUCGGGGUCGAUCCGGAGUCCCUGAAGCUCCCGACAAACGGCGAAGCCCAUGCGGAUUUCGUACGAACGAUGGUGCUGCCGUUUCUGGCAGCCAUGCACGAGGAGGAGGAAGGGGUGACGGCCGCAGAAUUUUUGGGAACCGCUUCGGCAUUGUGCAAAACGUCAAUCAGCGAGGAUGUGAUUCGGGCUCUCUUCCCUGAAUGCCACUCCCUCGUGCAUUAUCUCGAUACGUAUUUCGGUGCACACAUCAUGAAAAUUGGAGACCGCUUUCGCCUCAAAUCGCUCCCGAAUGACGAAAAUGGCCUUUUCGCCGAUCUGGAGGAGAUGAGCCGCUUCCACGCUCACAAGAUCAAAGACGGCGUGGCAAGGAAACGCAAGGAAAACCGCCAGCCGCAAAGUUUGAGACGCUACUUCCAGAAUUACAAUGUACUCUACGACAUCCUACAACAAAUCAACACAAGCCAGAGCAAGCCGCCGACGUCUCGGGUCAUUUACUCCGACCUGGCCAAAGCAUACCUAUCAAUUGAUGUGGUACUUAAUGCAAAGUACCUUUCGGAUCGUUUUGGUCGUUCAUCAUUCAAAAAAAUCUUCCAAGACAGCUCCGUCGCCUUCUUCGCGUCAAGAUUCGAAUACACGGAGGGACCGAAGGACGGCAUAUUUUAUAUCGCCAUUAAACCUGGAGUGCAAAAAAUGACCCCCGAGGAAAUCGAUGAAGAGGUGAAGAAGGCCGAAGGAUCAUUCAUGGGUCCGCCUACCAUCGCUCAGAAUCCGAAGCCACCGGCGCCCGUGGUAAAGCUCGACGAAAGCGCUCUUGCGGUUGCUAGAGGCACGCUGACGCAACCGUUCAAACCACCUCAGCGUAUCCCCUACACUGAGCCACCGGCAGCCCCGAAAACUCACCAACGCCCGGAAACGUCAGCUCCCGUUGGCCGCUCGCCAGCUCGUGCGCAGCUUCCGGUGGAGCCAUCGAUUUCCGACUCGAUGGAAGAAGAUGGGUGCUAUACAGAAGACGAGGCGCCGGGAGCAAAGGACAAGUUGCCGAAACGGGAGAAGAAGGAGCACCGCGAGCAGGAAAAGAAGAACCUACACGAGGAAAAAAGUCAUCGCAGCCCAGCGAAAUCGCCACACCGGAACUUCCCUACAAGCUACUGGGACGAUAAAAUACCCGACCGUGGUGAGCCGCGACAGAAACAGCAAGAGCCGGUUGCGGACGCAUGGGCCGAUGAUCAACCUGCGGUGCCGGCAGCGGCCGCGCAUUCUACUCUCCAUAUGCAUCGUCAGCAUCCCGGCGCGACGCAGGAACAUCUACCGAUGGCACCCCAGUACGACCAACAACCCUUCGGUGGACAAGUGGCGGGAUAUCAUCCGAUUGCAGCCAAUCAGGGACAGCCCGGUUUGCCGCCAGCUCCGGAUCGCUGGCGCGGCCCCCCACCAACACUUCCACAAGCUCAGGCAAUUCCGCGGCCGCAGAUCCCCGUUCAAGCUAACAUCCCGCCGUCACGCCCCAUCACGCCAACCAUGGGCCUCCAGUACCCGCCGCAAAUUCCGCCAUCCUGGGACGGUCAGUUUGGUGCACCACAUGGAAUUGCUGGCAGUCCGAGCCAGCCGGCCAGCCAGCCAGUGCCCGCAUCGCAGCACGUGGUUUUGCCGCACAGGGACCACUUCAUCGCCAAGAUCUACGAAGCGGUGUUUGAAGCCGGAAAUGCGGGGCAAUACUUGGCGUUGCGCGAUUUGCUUCACCAUCUGACAACGACGCUGCCCCGCGGCUGCUGUGGCGUUCAUCCGUCCGAACUUGGCGCCGCGGAUUGGCCGUCGGUCUUCGCACUCGUGCGCCACCAGGACGGACACCCCGCCAUUCGUCUAUUCCAGCAAGGUGACGAGUAUCUGCUGCAGUACAUCAUGCCUGUGAGCGGUCGA